AUGCAAGUGAAUUCUACUUUACCACAAAUGCCUAGUGAAAUGUCUGAUCCAGAAUGGAAAUUGAAAAAGUACUUAACAAAAGAUGCUUUAAAAUCUAUUGAAGACGGGAGAGGUGCUGCAUAUUUUGUACCAGAGGGCUAUACCCCAUUACUUGUUCCCAUGUCUCAGACCUACCGGUUUGAAAGCUAUGGUUUAGCACAGACUCCACAAUUGACAUCUUAUAAACUGGAUAACUGCAGAGUACCGGGAUACAUAAUGAAGAACAUACGAAAGCAAAACAUGCCUGCAAGAGCACCGCGACCACCGAAUGCCUUCAUUCUAUACCGUAAAGAAAAGCAAUCAUUACUAUCCGAAACCAAUCCUGGUAUGACUAAUGCUGAGGUUUCUAAAUUGGUUGGUCAGCUCUGGAAAGAGGAAUCAAAUGAAGUGAAGUUGAAGUACUUUAAGAUGUCAGAAUGUUAUAAAACCGAACACGAAAAACUGUAUCCAAACUACAAAUAUCAACCAAGAACGAGGAAGUCUAAGAAUUAUUUAAAGUAA